AUGGAAUCCACAGUGAAAUUUAGUAUGGCUGUCAAGAUGAUCUUUAUUUCAGGCAAAUAUCAUCACUUGCAACAAUGGACUAUAUUUCUCAGCCAGCCUUUGAUGGAAUUUUGUGAGUAUAUCAACAGGGUUGAAGGUCUAGAAUCAGAAGUACACCGGGCACAAGAAGAAACCUCUAUGUACCGAGAACGCUGCCGAAACUUGCAAUCCAAAAUUGAUGCUACCUUUGCACAUGCACCUACCGCUAUAGAUAGAAAGGAACCUCUGGAUGCCUUGGAGAGAAAAAGGCUAAUGGAUGAGGCAGCCAUGUUGAGAGAAGAGGUUGAUACAUUAGAUGCAGCCCUGACAGCUGAAAGGCAGAAGACAGCGGACGAACGCACAGCUCUAGCCAGAUCCCAUUCAGAGUUAGGUCGCUUGAAAAAGGAACUCCAGGAGACAAAGGAGCGAUUGGAGAGAGAAACACAGAAUGAUCACUAUUAUCAAGUCAAGAUCAAAUCAGCAAGUGAGAAGUAUGAUGAGGCAACAGCCAAGCUCAUGUCAUAUGAAGAACUACUGGCAGCAAAGAAUGAUGAGUUAUCAAGACUGAAGAAGGACCUUGGCCAAGCUAAGGCAUCUCUGGCUGAACGUGCUAGUGAGGGAGAGACCAUUGCAAUCCUCAGAGCUCAGGUUGAGGUGUAUCAGGGAGAUUUCAGAGCCGAGCGAGAGGCCAGAGAAGCCUUGGCAACAGACAGGGAGAAACUGCGAGAUGAAUUGCGGCAUCUUCAGACAAGGAACACUCAGCUGGUAGAUGAGUUGGAGGCAUAUCAGCGAAGACAUCUCAACCAAGGGCAGGGUAGAGGAUCACGCGCGGCGUCAGAAGAACCAAUAGGAGGAACAGCAUCUGGCGGAGGAGUCUCUGUUCCUCAUGGAGGUGGUGCCUUGCUCUCUCCUGAGGUCUUGUGGGAUAAGCUCUCCAAUGCCUCAGACAAAAAGGAAGAGGACAAGAAAGAGGAGGAAAUUGACGAAAAUCUGUUUUACUGCCCCAAAUGCAACAAAUCCUUUGCCCAAUACCGCCCUCUGGAAGAACAUGUCAACCGAUGCUUGGACGAAGACUAGGUUUUGGGUUGAUGAGUAUAUGGUUUGAUAUAUGUUAAGGUUGUAGGUCUGUAUACAAAUGUAUCACUUCUGCAUAAGGGCACUUUACAAAUAUAAUGGCAGCUGUACACAACUUAUAAAUAGAAAUAAGUUUUGCUGGCACUUUGCAGUUGAAUGUUUGCAUUCAGUAUGGUUUUGUUGCACUUUGUACUAUACAACUUUUUAAAUGUUCAAAUAUCUCCAAGUAUAGCUAAUGGAAAAAAAGAAAGAAAAAAGAAAAUUGCUUUACAGAGGCAUUGUUUUCAAAAUGAUGGUUGAUUGUGAAGGUUAGACCUUUUACUUGAGGUAUGAUUAUAAAAAAAUCUGAUCGCUUUCAAGAUUAAGAAUUAAAAGGUUGUUCUUUGUCAAGGUUAAGAACCAAGAUCAUUGAUUGACAGUGCAAUGUUUUGCUUACAACUUUCAUAGGCUUACUCUUUGAAAACAGAGGUAUCGCACAUAACCUUUUUCUUUUAAGAUUAUAUAAACUUUCUAGUCAUUGGACAGCAUAUUUUUCUUGGUAUUACAUUUGUUAAACAUGUUUAUUGUUAUAAUGUUACUUAAUUUACAAGUUGAGGCAUUACAAGUUGGUGGUAGUGUGCAGCUGAGUAACAAAAGCUUCCAAAUAAAUAUGAAAUCUGUUAAAAUAA